UUUCGAGAGCACAGUAGCCCGGGGACCUAGCGUCACGCCAUCCCCUAGCCAAACGCAAAACCACCAGUCCUUCCAUGGAUCUUCCUCCGCGAUCAGGUUGGGUCUCUCUCGAUAAGCUCCAGCUAGUGCUGAUGCGUCGUCGGUCGCUGUUGGAUCCUCGAUGACUAGGUUUCUGCAGAGCGGGCUGGAAUUUUGCCGCGCUGGUUGUGGUACAAUCUGUCUCGUGUCGUGAAGAAGGGUGCGAAUUGGAGGGUUCUGGUUUGGACGAGUUAUGCGGUGGUUGGCUUUCGUCUCCAUCUCCUGCGUGGGAACUUUCUGUGAGCGUGUCGCUAGAAAUCUAGGUUAUCAAAUUGCAGUCUUGACGGGCCUGGAAGCGUCGAAUUUACCUCGAGCAUGCCGCUUCAACUAGAUGCGACGUCGCUCAAUGGGAGCUAUCGUAAUUUAGGAUUAAAGUUUUCCCGGAUCCUCGUCACAAAUAAACUGCGUCGCCUUUUCAGAGCUGAAGCGCAUGGCACGAGUACAUUCGCCCUCGUCGACAACUGCAAUGAUGACGAGAAAUUGAGAAUCCCUUAAGAGCAACUCAGGUCCAAAAUUUUUGGCUACGACGAAGAGCAACCGAUUGAUAUCCAAUGACAGCAGGUUUCCGAAGCCACGUUUCGCACUCCACUAACGCUAGAUACGCCGUUAAUGGAAGCGACAGUUCCGCCUCGAGCCCUCGAUACGGUCAUCACCAUGGCUCCUACUUCGCCCGGUCCUUCAACUCCAACGCCGUGGUGGUAAUGGCGGUGUUGCUGUUCGCCCUCGUAGUCGCCGCUUUCAUCAACAUCAUAGCCAGAUGCAUGCUGCGACGCCGAAGGCAGCAGCAACCGCAGGAAGCUAACGCUGCUGACAAGGGCCUCGACAAGAGCGUCAUUGAGGCUCUACCUGUAGUGGCCUAUGGUACCGAAUCGCUGAUGCAUCUAUCCGAUCCCACUGGUGACAAUGAAUGUGUUGUCUGCUUGAGUGAAUUCAUGGAAGGGGAAAAGCUUCGAUUGCUUCCCAAGUGUCAACAUGGAUUCCAUUUGUCGUGUAUCGACACAUGGUUACUCACCCAUACGACAUGCCCCGUCUGUCGUCGUAGUGUCGUAUCCACCGAGUCUUCCGAUGACUGUGCUGAGCCUGGUCCAUCAUGCUCCCGGCCGAUGACUUCCGGUAGCGCCAGAAUUGGGAGCUCUAGGUUUGGGAGCGCGCGUAUUGCAAGCGUGGAUAUAGAAAUGGAACCUAGUGGACAAUCUCAAUCUACGAGUGAUAACACCACGGAUUCAGCUACCCCAGCUGCGAGCACAAGCUCAAGCUGCCCAAAGACGUUUUUUUCUUCCAUUUUGCCCACCGAAGCUAUGGCGAGCAUCAUUACCAGCGUGGGCUCUCGCAGGAUUUCUUUUCGGAAUCAGAAUCAGCAUCAGCAUCAGGCUCCCGUGUGAUGGUCGGAAAGACUAUCGCCAUUUCAAUCCUUAUGCUAUUUGCUGCACCGCAAGUGUAAACCCAAGUUAGGUUUUCAUGUCCUUGAAUGGAGGGACUGCAGUAUUGGUGGUGAAGUGGACAGUUUCCAUUCCUCUCAAAGAGAACAACAUGCCCUGUCUUGUGGACUAUAUCAUGGCUGUACAGCAGUCCAGGAUGAAGAGAUGAAGAGAUCAUCUGUAUUUGAUGAGAAAGAUCAAGAGUUUUAGGGUAGAACCCUGAAUCGGUGUUCGUAUUGAUGAAGCCUGGGAAUGGUGCUGCAUUGGAAAUCAAUCAUCGAGUUGAAUGUGGCCAUGGACCUGCAAAGUCAUAGCACGGAUUGUUUGAGCAAGAGUAUGGAUCCUGCAGAUUUCGGUAAAUUGGCCACUUGUAUUUGUGUUGUAAAUGUGUACCCGUAUGAUCUUGGCUUAGCGUGUGUUGGACGAGGUUGCUGUGACCUCUGUGUCAUUGGCAACGCCUUGAGUCCGGAAGAAUUUGUACAGAUAAGAAAUUUUCGAAGGUCUUAUUUAGAGAAUAUUCAGAAUGUAAAAGGUGUAUAUUUAUUGAACCCAAUGUCUCUCUGGUUUUACUCGUGUUUGAAA